AUGAAUAUUAGUAUGUAUCAUUUAUUUCUGCUGGGUUUCAUAUUAUUAGCACAUUGUAAAAUACAAAGAUCAGAAAAUUGUUCGUGUAUGCAAUUAAAAUCAUAAAAUGAUUGUUAAUAAAAUGUAGAAUGUUAAUGGAAGAAGGAAAUGUGUGAAAAGAAAGAGGAAGUAUAAAUAGUUGAAAGUGAACCAGAGAGCAUAUAUUGUAAGGGUUUAACAUAAGAGGUUUGUAUAAAUAAAAUAGGUUGCGCUUACUUCAAAUAAAUUUGCACUCAUUUUAGUGGGUGCACUAGCUAUAUUUAUACCACUCAUGAGGAUUGUUAAUUAGUAAGUUUAUAAUGUACAAGUGAUGGAGAAUAAUGUAUAAAUCCUAGGGAAUGUAAUUUAAAUAAAACAAAAUCAUUGUGCACAUCAGUAAGAAGUUCAUCAGGUUCAAAAAAAUGUAUUUGGGAAAAUGAUAUUUGCAGAGAUGAAAAUUGUGAAGAAGCUCCAUAAUAUUUGAAUACUGAUGAAGCUUGUAAUUAGUUUAUUAAAGGUUGUGUGACAGAUGGAAGAGGAUGUAGAACAAAAAGAAUAAAUUGUUAUUAUUAUGAAAAAGAUUGUGAUGGAAUGAUUGGAAGUGAUGGUUUGUGUGAAUCAAAAGAUGAAAAAUGUUAAUCUAAAGAAUGUAAAAAUGCUCCUAUCACAUAUUAUACUGAUCAAUAAUGUUAAUCUUUCAGAAGAGGAUGCAGAACAACUGGUAUAGGAUGUACUGAUUAAGCAUUAAAACCAUGUACUACAUAUAGUGGAGAUAGUGAAACGUGUUUAAAAUAUAUUGGAAGUAGUGGUAGAUGCGAAGAAGGAUUGAAAGGAAAAUGUUAAGCUAGGAAAUGUGAAAGUGCUCCUAAAUAAUAUAAUACAGAUGAACAAUGUAAAUCUUAUUUGUCUAAAUGUAAAACAACUGGUAUUGGUUGUGUCACUAUUCUCUUAAAUUGUAAUACUUAUACAGGUACUAAAUUUGAAUGUGAAAGAAGAAUAGGAGCAGAUGGAAAAUGCACAGGUUCAAGUUUUGAAGAAUCUCAAGAAUGUAAAUCUAGAAUUUGUUCAGAUGCUUAAUUAUCAACUGAUAAUGAAUGUGGUUAAUUUUAAUACAAUUGUAUUUCAAAUGGUAUUGAAUGCACAUCUUUUUUGAUAAGUUGUUUAAAAUAUAAAGGGGAUUCUGAAAAGUGCAAUAAAUAUAUAGGAACAGAAGGAAGAUGCACAGUAGGAGAAAAUGGAUAUUGUGCUGUCAAAACUUGUUAACAUGCAAAUCUAAAAACUCAUGAAGAGUGUAAGAGUGUUUAGUCAUAUUGUUUAAGUGAUGGAUAUAAAUGUAUUAAAGCUGAAACUUGUCUAAAUACAUUAUAAAAAGUUACUUGUCAAGGAAGUCUUAGUAUAGGAGGUCAGAAAUGUUAAUGGAUAGAAUAAUGUGUGACUAAUUAAUGUAGAAGUUUUCCUACAAAAGGAAUUUGCUAGAGAUAUACAUCAAAUGUGGAAUGUUUUUGGGAUGGAAUUAGUUGCGUUGAUAAAUAAUGUAAACAUGCAAGUAACGAAUAGAAAAACAAUUAAUAAUGUUAAGAUUUCCUUCCUAAUUGUAUGUAUAAUGGGUAAGGAUGCGUUGAUAUAUCAGCACCAUGUGAAGAAUAUUUUGGUGAUGAAGAUACUUGUACUUAAUUUAAAGGAAGUAAUGGUAAAAUUCCAUGUGUUUUUAAUUCGGCUACAUAAAAAUGUCGAUCUAAAAUAUGUUAAGAUAAUUUAUAUGCUCAAUCUCAAAAAGAAUGUGAUGGCACUUUAGAAGGAUGUUUGUUUACAGGAAAAUAUGGAUGUGUGACUUAAAAUGCAGAAUGUAAGGAAUUUUUUGGAGAUGCUUAAAAAUGCUAUUCUCUUAAUAAUAAAUGUUCAUAAGAUUUAGGCCAAAUAGGUAAUUGUCGUCCUUUGGAAUGUUAUGACAAUUCUACAGCUUUGGAAAAUUAUGAAUGCAAUUACUUUAAACCUGGAUGUGUUAAUAAAGGAGUUGGAUGUAUUUCAUCAACUGCUCCUUGUACAUAAUAUUUUGGUAAUUCAAUCUAAGAUUGUUCUAAUUAUGUUGGAAAUGGAUUAAAAUGUUGGUAUGAUUAAACAUUUCCUAGUCAAUGUGUAGUUAAAGAGUGUUCACAUAAUAUUGAUGCAUAGAGUGAUUUUGAAUGUUAAUAGUUUUUAGAAGGGUGUGUAUUUAAUGAGAAAGGAUGUUAAAAUAAAUAAUUAAGUUGUGAGACUUAUAAAGGGAAUGAGUAACAAUGUUCAAGAUAUCGAGGAAAUGAAUUACCAUGUGCAAGAGUUGAUUAUUGUGAAGAACGUAAAUGUUCUGAUGUAUAAAAUCCAUUAUCUCUACAAGAAUGUUAAGAAUAUUUAGAGGAUUGUGUUUUUGAUGGAAUGAAAUGUAUAUAGAAAAACAUUUGCUAUGCAUAUUAUGGAUAUUCUUAAGAAUAAUGUUAAAUUUUGGUAAAUUUAGAUGGUGAUAAUUGUACUAAUGGUGAAGUAGAGUUAUAAUGUGGGAAUCGUAAAUGUAAUGAUGCAACAAAUGUUCAUUCAUAAAGUGAUUGUAGUUCAUAUAGAAAGAAUUGUAUAUAUAAUGGGGUUGAUAAAUGUGAGGAGUUAUAAUAAAGUUGUUCAAUGUAUAUGGGUUUUUCAGAAUAGGGAUGCUAAGAGGCAAUAAAUAAAGCAGGAUAAGGAUGCUGGUAUAAUACAGAUGGAAAAUGUAGAGAUCGUUUAUGUACAGAAGAAUUAACAGAAUAUUCAAGUGAUAUUUGUUCGUAACAUCAUCCUAGUUGUAUUUAUACUGGAGUAAGAUGUACAAAGAAAUAGAAUAGUUGUUCUGAUUAUUUAACAUUAAGUCAAACUGAAUGUAGAUAUUUAAAAAAUUGUUGGAAAUAGAAUGAUUUUGAUGGUCCAUGUUCAGAUAAAUCAUGUAAUGAUAGUAUAGAAUAACCAUCAGAUAAAAAUUGUAGAAAUCAUUUAGAAAAAUGCAGAUUUGAUGGUGAUAAUAGCUGUGCUGAUGAAUAAGAAGAAUGUGAAAAUUAUACCAAUUUUACUAUUAAUGCUUGUAAAGAAGUAACUACAAAAAGUGGUGAGGAAUGUUGGUUCAAAGAAUCAAGUAAAAAUUGUGUUAAAAGAACUUGUUAAGAUAAUUUAGCAUUCUUUUCACCUGAAGAAUGUGUUAAACAUUUACAUACUUGUAGAUAUUAUGGAAUUAGAUGUUAAGAUGCUAAAGAUACUUGUUCUGAAUAUACUGGAUUCUCCAAAGAAGCUUGUACAUAUGUGACUACUAAAAAUAAUAUUUCAUGUUGGCAUUAAUAUUAAAGUACUAUUUGUAGUAAUGCAUCAUGUGAUGAUUAUAUUAAAGAUGCUUCAAUAGAUAAUUGUGUUAAACAUUUACCUAAUUGUCGAUUUAAUGGAAUAAAAUGUAUGUAAGCAAGAACUAAUUGUAAUGAAUAUUUAGGUUCUAACGAAUUAUGUUCUCAAUUAACUGAUGCUAAUAAUAAUUAAUGUUGGUAUGAUAUCAGAAAUACUUAUAAUACCGAAAAUAGUUGUAUAAAAAAGGAAUGUUCAAAUAGAUAAAAUAAAUACAAUCUAGAUGUUUGUUCAAAAUACAUUGGUUAAACUAUCAAUACUAUAUAUAUUCCUAGUUGUACAUAUGACGGAAUUAAAUGUGUUAAUAUUUAAUAAUUUUGUUCUCAAUAUAUUGGGUAUAAUAGUGAAUAAUGCUUAAAAGUAACUACACUAAGUGGUGAAUAAUGUUUUUAGGAUCUUAAUAAUUCAAAUAAAAUUUGUAGAACCAGAGUUUGUUCUGAUAAUUAAACAGCUAUUAAUGAUUUUUAAUGUAAUUAAUUCUUAAAAGGAUGUAAAACAACUGGAAAAGGUUGCACAGAAUCUACAUAAUAAUGUAAUUCUUAUAGAGGUACAUAAUCUAGUUGCUUGAAAUUUGUUGGUAAUGGAAAGAAAUGUAGAGGAUUUGAUACAACUACUCAAUGUUCAAUUAGAGAAUGUUUUCAUGAUUAAUAAUCUUCAACUGAUUUUGAAUGCAAAUCUUUUAUGGAUGGUUGUGUUACUAAUGGUAAAGGUUGUGUUUCUAUUCUGGAACCCUGCACCAGUUAUGUUGGAAACCUUGAAUAAUGUUCAAAAUUUAAAGGAAAUUAAAAACUUUGUUAUUCUGAUAGUAUUAUUGAUUCUAUUAUAUGUAGAGAUCGAUAAUGUUCUGAUGAUUCAAAAUCUAAAACUGAUUCUGAUUGUUUUAAUUUCAUGCCAGGAUGCGUUACUAAAGGUAUUGGAUGUAUACCAGAUACAGAACCUUGUUCGAGUUAUUUUGGUACUUAAGCUUAAUGUGGUAAAUUCAAAGGAGAUAAUAACACUAAACCAUGUUGGAAUCUAAGUGAAGCCACUAGCUAAACUAGAUGUAUAAAUAGAGAAUGUAAUCAUAUGCCUAGAGGUACUAAUGAUGUAGAAUGUAAUUCUUUUCUAGAAGGAUGUGUUAGUGAUGGAUUCUAAUGUUUAACUUAAAGAACUUGCUCUUCAUUUUAUGGUUCUGCUAAAACAUGUCCAUUAUUUAAUGCUAUCGAUAAGCCAUGUAAAGGAAUCAAUAAUACCAUUUAAUAAUGCAAAAAAUUAUAAUGUAUUGAUGCUCCUAAUAAUUAUGAUACUGAUGAUAAAUGUAAUCAAUUUAGACCAGGUUGUAAAACUACAGGUUAUGGGUGUACGGAUCUCAAUACAUGCGAUAUGAUAUCAAAUAGAUUAUGUAAAUAUAGACCUGAUUGUUUAUUUAUUGAAGGAUGUUUAAAUAAUACUUUAUUUUGUAUGCAAAUAAGAUAAUAUUCUUAAUGUUUAAAUAAUUAAGACAUGAAAUGUAGUUGGGACUUUACUACAAAAUAAUGUAGAAAUUGGACUUGCACAGAUGCAAGUGUUUUAUUAACAAAACACUCGGAUUGUUAAGCAUUAAAUUCAUAAUGUACAACAACUGGAAAUGGAUGUAUAGAAAUUAGUUAAUGUUUUAAAUAUCUAAACAAAUAAACAUGUCAUAGUGCAAUAUCUUUAGGAUAUACAAAAUAAUGUGUUUGGGAAAUCAAUGGAUGUCGAGACAAGGUUUGUGAAGAUGCACCUUUAUCAAUAACUGAAGAUUAACUUUGUUAAUAAAUAUCACCAGAAUGCAAAACAUCAGGUAAUGGAUGCACUUAUAAAAAUUAUAAUUGUGAAAAUCUAAAUGCUAAAUAAAAAUGUGUCACUAAUUAUUAAGGUCAUCCAUGUCUUUGGAUGAAUAAUACUUAAAGUUGUGUAACAUUCUCUUAGUGUUCAGACAUCAAAAAAACUACAUUUAAAGAAUGUUAAUUAUAUUCUAAUCUUUGUACUAGUAAUGGAGAAAAUUGUAUUUCAUUAUCCAAAUGUUCUUCUUAUAAAAAUGUCAUAAGUUGUAAUAAAGGAACUGAUGGUAUUUGUGGAUGGGUAAUUGGAUAAGCUAACCAAGAGUUAGGAUGUCAAUUAUUUACAUAAUGUUCAGAUAUAUUUGGUAUCAAAAAAGAAGACUGUCAAUAUUAUUCUUCGACUUGUACAACUGAUGGUUAAAAAUGUAUCCCUAUUGGAUAAUGCAAAUCUUAUUUAACUAUUGAAGCCUGCAAUACAUCUGGAAAAGAUGGUACUUGUUUUUGGGAUUCAUAAUAAUCUCCUCCUGUUUGUAGAAUUUAAGAAUGCUCUGAUUUUCCUCUUAUUUCAUAAAUAACUCAUGAAUAUUGUUCAUAAUUCAAUAUUUCAUUAAAUUGUACUACUAAUGGAAUCAAAUGCAUUAAUAAAUAAUAAUGCUCAACCUAUUCAGAAUAAUCUUGCUAUGAAGGAACAGAUGGCCCUUGUAUUUUUACUUUCCCCAUUAAUCAAAAAUCUGGUACAAAAUAGUGUAGAAUUAAAGAAUGCAGUGAUUAUAUAGAAAAAACAACAGAAGCUUGCUCUAAAUUAAAAUCUGGUUGUAUUUCUGAUGGCAUUAAAUGUUUAGAUAAAAUGAAUUGUUCUAAUUAUUCUAAUUAGAUUUCUUGUGAAUCAGAUGGAAUUGAUGGAAUUUGUGUUUUUAAUGGAGAAAAUUGUUCAUUAAUGACUAAAUGUGAAGAUGCUAAUAGAAGUUAUACAGCUUGUUUAAAAAAACCUAAAGUUUGCCGUUUUGAUUUUGAUAGAAAAAAUGAUACUGAUAUUACGUCAUGUUAACCUAUCACAUGUGGAAAUAGUCCUAAUUGCUCACCAAUUUUGAGUUUUGAUGAAAAGGAAAUAACUAUAUGUAUUUAAAAAAGUGAAUCAGAAUGUAGUGAAGAUGAUCCAAUCAUGCUUUCAUAAGCUAGAUGUUAUUCCAGAAGUCUUAACACCUACACAUGGAAUACUGCAACUUCCAGAUGUGAGAAAUGUAUAUAAAAACAAGUUAAUAAUACAAAUAAUACAUCAAAACCUGAUAGCUAUGCAAUCGAACUUACAACAAUCAUUCUAGUAAUCUUUAUCCUAAAAUUUUGA